GUGGUUUAAAAAACCCGUCACGAAGUUGUGACCGGGGGAUCUCAACGUCGUGUGGGUGAGAUCCUUGAGACCUGAUAGACCUCUCCGUACGGCGCACUCCUCAUUUUUCUCCAUUUCCAGAGCUUCCGAAAAUAGGCGGCAAAUAUUUCCAGUUGCCGGCUGGCAAGCGGGAACAUCAAAUCAAAUCCAACCGCAAUUCAUCUGAUUGAGCCGGCUAACGUUUAACCCAAGCUUUCUUUCACAAGUAGUUAGGGUUUCUGUUUUCGCACAACAAUGAUGGACUUGCAGAUUCUAUAGGUUUGUGCGCGCUAUGGAUAACUCAACAAGUCAAGUAUUUAAUUCUGUUGAAAGAAAAAGCUUUUUGCCUAUUGACAGUAAUGGCAAUGUUUUUCUUGAUGACGAGCUCUCAACAAGCAUGGAAUUGUGUAUAGGCGAAGAUGAUAAAUGUGUUGGACAGCUUAUGGCUAUGCCAUUAACUGAGAAUUUGAUUGAGCCACACAUAGGCAUGGAGUUUAAUUCAAGGGAUGAUGCUCGAGAUUUUUAUGUUGCUUAUGGCAGGCAGACAGGCUUUACUGUCCGCAUUCAUCAUAACCGCCGGUCACGCAUCAAUAACAUGGUUAUUGGUCAAGAUUUUGUUUGUUCCAAAGAAGGUUUUCGUGAAAAGAAAUAUGUGCAGAGAAAAGAUAGAGUUCUUCCUCCACCGCCUGUCACUCGUGAAGGUUGUCCUGCCAUGCUGAGGGUUGCUUUUAAAGAUGGAGCUAAGUGGGUAGUCACAAAGUUCGUGAAAGAGCACAAUCACAGUUUGAUGUCUCCUAAUAAAGUUCCUUGGCGAGGUUGUGGAAAGAAUUUGAUCAACCAGGUACUCUCUCUCUCUCUCUCAUGGACGAACUAUUGAGUUGGCCUUGUUCUCAGGACUGGAUGAAAAGCAUCAUUAUGCCAUCAAGAUGUGUAUUUGCUUAUUUAAGCUUAAUUAACCUUUGUCUCCAGUAAUGGAACUCAUGGUUUUGAGGAGAAUAGGUUGAUG